GCGCAGUUGGACCCCGAACUGGGCGUUGCAGGCGCUCGCGGUCAAUCUGGCAGCUCCGGAGCGUGUCCGAUAACCAGCUAGUUAUUCAAAGAGACUAGCUGUCACGCGCAGUUGUGAUCUUUAUCUUAACAAGUGGUCGUUAAAGUGACAGUGCAUGUGUUGUUGUGCGUAUUAGCUGCGUCCUCACCUAGCUAGCUCGAGCGCUGCUAUGCUAGCUCUCCAUGCCAUGGGAGUGAGUGUGAGCGUGCACAGUCAGUAGUUCACUGUCCGUGUGAAUGCCCUGUUGUUGUCAGUGCUGUAAAACUACAGCAGGAGACAAACACCAACUGUCUGCUGAAGCGCUUGUAGCUCUGCCAGGUCACAGAGCCAAAGUUAAUCAUUUAUCAUGUGGGUUCCGAGUUCAGGAGAUCUGCAAACACUAUGUGAGAGGAAAAGCCUUGAAUAUGAGGGCCAAGUGCCCCAGAUGUAUGCAGUGCGACACCAAGUUCGACUUCAUAAGAAGAAAGCACCACUGUCGGCGCUGCGGCCGGUGUUUCUGUGAUAAAUGCUGCAGUAAGAAGGUGGCGCUGCAUCGCAUGUGUUUCGUUGACCCGGUGCGACAGUGCGCCGAGUGCAGCCUGGUGUCGCAGAAAGAGAUGGAGUUCUAUGACAAGCAGCUCAAAGUGCUCCUGGGAGGAGGCACCUUUGUCGUCACCCUGGGGACGUCUGAGAAGUCUGAAACCAUGACGUGUCGCCUCUCCAACAACCACAGGUACCUGUUCCUUGACGGUGAAAGUCACUUCGAGGUGGAGCUGUCUCGGAUCUCCAGCAUGCAGAUUUUGACAGACGGGGCGAGUCCUGGAGAGAAUGACAUUCACACUUACACCAGCCUGUUGGACAGUCACUAUGUCUCUGAAGGAGCGACGUCACGGGCCAGUGGCAUGCUGCUCCACUACAAGCCGAUGGGCUCUCAGGACACCCAGCAGCUCCGCGUGGAGGCAGCAGACGACAAGAAGGCGGCCUCAUUAUGGUUGGCUGCCAUGCACAAGGCGGCCAAGCUGCUGUAUGAAGCUCGGGACCAGUGAGGUGCAGGCGCUUUGCAGGACUCACCCCCAGGCAGCACACACCCAAGUGUUUUGGACCCCGUCUCGUUUGGGUCUGAUAUCUUUUGGAUUAUAUUAACGCCAGUUCUGAUUCAGCUUACCUGUCUGAUUCCUCUUCACUUCUUCAGACCUGUUCUUACCAUGGUCAUUUUUACAAGAAAGAGAUGUUUAUAGAAACAAUUUAUUACCUCUGUAACAGGCACUUCGACACCAUGUUUACCACAGCUGUACAUCGCUCAGAGAGUUCUUUAAUCCUCUUAGAGUUGAUGCAUAAAUCACGGUGUGCAGCAUUAAUGUUUCCACACAGAACUGUAACAAACUCAGCAGCGACACAGCAGGAAACAGCUUUCCAACACUAGUUAGUGUGCAUUGGUUUAGGGAGGCUUUGACAUUUACUCUUCUUUUAUUUUCUAUAUAAUGUGACGUUGUACGUUUUGUAGCUUCAGACAGAGGCACGGCUGUUUUAUGAAGACACAGUAACUUUAUAUGCUGAAGUUCAGUUUCCCUUCUAUUAGUGGUGAGACACCUUCUGGAUGUAGAGACGUUUUUAUUUGCUGACUCUGCUUCCACUGAGGGUCUCUCUCACACAGAACCCAGCUGUUCCAGAGAGAGCGUGGUCUCAGCUAGGCUGAAGGUCAGACCCACCCUGAAACCCUUUAGACAAACAGCUGUGUCUGGUGAACUUUGCAUUUCAGGUUGUUUAAUCACCCAGAUAACAGAGAUGUUGGCUUCUGUGGAGACUGAGGGCAGGAGAGGGCUCAGCACAAGCACAUGGAAUAGAAGUUUGCCACUUCAUGUGGUAACAGAUGCUUUCGUAUGACAACCAGUGUGAACACAGCUGGUGUCAGGAGCUUGAGCUGUUUACGACAAUACUAAUCCCCCUAUUUAGUGUUUAUCAGCAGCGUAUAAAUGUUUAAUAAAUUGUUUAUAACACGUGUAGUAUAAACAGAUAUAAGUGUGGAUUCAUGUCUCCUGUUCGUGGAUAAACUGAUGAUGA